CUGUAGUUUAGUAUUGAAACGGUUUUGAAAGGGAGAACUUUACAAAAAAAAAAAAAUUAAAAGAAAAUUAAAAAAAGAUAAAAGGAAUAAAAUCUAUUGUGGGAUUUCUAAAUCAGUUAUAAAAAGUUUAAGAAAAUUUUAAAUAAAAAUGCCUAAAGUUGAUCCAGAAACUCAAAAAUUAUACGAUGAAAUUAAUGGAUUAAUACAAAAGUUUCAGGAUGAUCAAAAAGCCAAAGCCGAUUGUACACUACAAGAAAAAUGUGGUGAUAUGUCUGAUAUACCAAAGAUACGUUUAGCACCUAAAAAAAUACUCAAAGGACAUAUAAAUAAAGUCAAUUCGGUGCAUUUUGCCGGAGAUUCAAGGCACUGUGUAACCGGAUCACUAGAUGGCAAACUUAUCAUAUGGGAUACCUGGACAGCCAAUAAAGUGCAGGUUAUACCCUUACGUUCGGCCUGGGUCAUGACGGUGGCCUUUUCUCCUUCUGGCAAUUUUGUAGCAUGCGGCGGUAUGGACAAUCAAUGCACGGUUUAUGAUGUUAAUAAUCGUGAUGCUUCGGGUGUGGCCAAAAUGACUAGAGAAUUAUUGGGCUAUGAGGGUUUCUUAAGCUCUUGUCGCUUUCUGGAUGAUACCCAUUUGAUAACCGGUUCGGGAGAUAUGAAAAUUUGCCAUUGGGAUUUGGAGAAAGGCGUCAAGACUAUGGAUUUUAAUGGUCAUGCUGGUGAUAUAGCCGGUUUAUCUUUAUCGCCCGAUAUGAAUACUUAUAUCACGGGUUCUGUAGAUAAAACCGCUAAAUUAUGGGAUGUACGCGAGGAUACGCAUAAACAAAUGUUUUUCGGUCAUGAAAUGGAUGUUAAUUCGGUUUGUUAUCAUCCUAGUGGCAAUGGUUUUGCUUCUGCUUCUGAGGAUCAAACAGCACGUUUAUAUGAUAUAAGAUCUGAUCAACAAAUUGCUUUAUAUGAACCGCCACAAAAAAAUACUGGUUUCACUUCUUGUGCCCUAUCAACCAGUGGACGUUAUUUGUUGUGUUCAGGUAUUGAGGGCAAUAUACAUUCAUUUGAUACCAUGAAAGUAUGUCAUAAUGGUAUAAUGCAAGGUCAUGAAAAUCGUAUUACAUGCAUUAGUUUGUCACCCAAUGGCAUGUGUUUGGCCUCUACUAGCUGGGAUCAACAAGUACGCUUGUGGCUUUAAGUUAACUUGCUGUAAAAUUAUUUGGAAAACUUUAUAUAUUAAUAAUUUUUGGGGAAAAGCCAUUACAAGCAGACAACAUUUAUAAAUGAUAAAAAAAUAUUUAGCUGAAUUAAUUAAAAAAAUUAUAAGGGUGUGAAGUUAAAUUCGUCGGCCAGAUACGUCCCACACCACAUAUGUCAAAUACGUUCCACAUACUAUAAAAUUCGUUUUCAAAUGAAUUAAAAUUUAUUUUUUAAUAAAACGAGCACCAAAUAAUAUGUUUUUUAAGAAAUAAAGUAAAAUUAUAUUAAAAUA